UUAGUCAAAGGAGCAGUUCUUUUCCUUGUCAGCUUCCACCUCCCGUCUCUCUUCCUUUCUUUUUCGAUGGGAGGCGGAGAGAAAGGGGCUAUCUUUUUCGAGAGCAGGGAAAACUUUCAUCCUUCUUCCUAAUUAUUUUCCCUCGAUUCCUUGUAAUCGAUCCGGCCUUUUCUGUCCCGUCGAGAAAUUUCUGUUUUUGGGACUAGGGUUUUGAUUUUCGGGUAAGUAGGGCUGGGAUCUGGGAGCGUUUCGGUGGAAAUUUAGGGUUUUGGCUUGUUGGUGGUGGUGCGGGUAAGGAAGCUAGGAUUUCGAAGAAAAGUUGGUUUUUUUAGGGUUCUAUUGGUUGAGGGAGAGUGGGAGAGCUUGAUUUGGUGGUGGGUUGGUGAGGCAGUGGAGAAUUCGGGCUGCCAAUGCGAUUUGUCGCGGUCUGGGUGGACUCUUCGGUGAUUUUUGACAGGCCGAAAGGGUUGGGGCUCGAUGUCGUGGGCUGGACCGGAAGAUAUCUUUCUAUCUACCUCCCUUGCGAGUUAUCUUGACAAAAAGCUUCUUGUCUUGCUACGUGAUGGAAGAAAGCUUUUGGGAAUUCUUCGCUCUUUCGACCAAUUUGCAAAUGCUGUUCUUGAAGGUGCUUGUGAGCGAGUAAUUGUGGGAGAUUUGUAUUGCGAUAUCCCAUUAGGUCUAUAUGUGAUUCGUGGAGAGAAUGUUGUGUUAAUUGGAGAGCUGGACUUGGAGCGAGAGGAGCUUCCUCCCCAUAUGAUUUGUGUUUCAGCUGCAGAGAUAAGAAGGGCACAGAAAGCAGAAAGAGAUGCUACAGAUCUCAAAGGUUCCAUGAGAAAGAGAAUGGAGUUCCUGGAUCUGGAUUGAUAGCGAAGUUAUUUGCUCAUGCUCACACACUACCGUUUUGGUUAUGUUGGUAUUCAGUCUAUUCAAUGAUUGGUCUAUUCUUCAUGAAACAAGUUGCAGCAUGAGCUCAAAGGAAAACCCUGCUCAAUAAAGUCUCCGUUAACUGUUGCAUCUUCGCCGUAUUUACUGUUGAUUUGUAUUGACUGCUCUUCCGUUGGAUCUUGUACUAUUUGCCAAUCUGGUUGUUAUUGAUUUGAAGACCCAAAUUUGAUACUGAAUUGUAACUCUAUUUGAAUUUAAAUAGAUCCUUGUACUCUGCUAA